AGCUAGGUUGUGUGUGUGUGUCGAUCGAGUGUGUUUCACCAGUCUACAAAAUGCAGUGCAGAUAACAAGACAUGCGACAGUCAGUGGAGUUCAAGUGUUAGUCCUUGGCAAAUUUGUUGAGGUGCUGUCAUCGAAGUGAGCUUCAUUGUAGCUUGAGCGUCUCAGUGAUUGUUCUGAACGCGCAGAGAGUGCUUUAGACUAGAAUCACUGCGUGUUGUCUUGUGGAAUCCAGUGUUGCCCCAUGAAUGGCGAAAGACUUUGUGGCAGGAUGGUGUGGAGGAUGCGCUGGCAUAUUGGUCGGCCAUCCAUUUGAUACAGUCAAGGUUCGUGUUCAAACUCAACCUCUGGGCACCCAGGGUAGAUACAAUGGCGUUCUCCAUUGUUUCUACAAAACGGUGCAGACGGAAGGCGUGCGCGGUCUUUUCAAGGGUAUGCUAUCGCCGGUAGUCUUCUCAGCAGGAAUCAAUGCCAUCGUGUUCGGUGUCACCAACAACAUGAACCGCUCGCUGAAGAAGACGAGCAGCACGUUCAAGCAGACUGGGCAGCUGCCCCUGGCGUAUUACUUUCUAUCCGGCGGAGUCGCGGGUUCGCUCCAGAGUCUGGUAUGUGGGCCUAGUGAGCUGAUCAAGACUAGGAUGCAGGUGGACGGGCAGGGAGCUCGCGGAAAGGCCUCUGCAGAGUACCGCAGCCCGUUUCAUUGUGCGCGGAAAGUGUACGAACAGCGUGGACUGCGGGGACUGUUCCGUGGUACCUGGGCAACUUGUCUGCGGGAUGCACCGGGAUUCGGCUUCUAUUUCGUUACGUACGAGGCACUCUGUCGUGGACUGCGACCAGACUCAUCAUUUCCUCCUUGGGUGCUCCUAACGGCUGGUGGCUUUGCUGGCAUGUCGGCUUGGUUAUUCACCUACCCGCUUGAUGUGGUCAAGUCUCGGCUGCAAGCACAGAGCAUGGAUCCCAAGAAGCAGCUCUAUUCCGGAGUGGCAAGUUGCAUCCGGAGGAGCUACCAAGAGGGUGGCAUUCGCGUGUUCACCAAAGGUCUCAGCACCACGAUGGUGCGUGCAUUUCCAGUGAAUGCCGUAACCUUCUACACAGUGGAAGUACUGCUAAAGUUGAUGAAUACGCCGUCCAAGAUAUCAUUUCCACAUGAAACCGACCCAGUAUGAGCUACAGCUCCACCCUGGUGUGGAAGUAUUGCUAAAGUUGAUGAAUACGCCGUCCAAGAUAUCAUUUCCACAUGAAACCGACCCAGUAUGAGCUACAUCUCCACCCUGGUAGCCACUGUGGCACCGCCCAAGUCCGGUUUUAUUCCUAGAACUCCAACCACGUUGAAGCCAUAGCAUAGUUUACAGCACUAGCGUACCACGACGGACUUUUAGGUUCUAUACUGUACACGCUUACGUUCUCAAAUACUGGCCUUUUUGCAUGAGUAUUUGACAUCCGGUCCUGUGUGACUGGCGUUGAAGACGCAACACGAAACCUCUGUCAUUUGUCCGCGACUUCUCAGCUCGGUCUAGUUUCAGUCUUGCGUCGCCAACAUACAUUUUAUAAACAAUUACAUGAAACAUAUAUCCUGGCCUAGAUGCCGCUUUAAAUUAUUCUCCUUGCCGUACCUGGCAAAUCAUUCAAAGCUAGUAUCCACCCGAUGUGUGUAUUUUUUUCCUCCAACACAUUUCAGUGUGCCCAGUUUCCAAUAGGCCCAAACCAUAUGCCACUUGACUAAGUUAGACGUCAGUCACAGCCCUAGUACUUUUUAACUCCUACCUGUAGCUGUUUUUAGAUUGUUCUAUUUCUCACAGAGAAGCUGACUUUAUACAUGAUGUGUUGUACUUCUUUCCCAGUCCAGCCCAGCAGCCAUUUCUAUUCUCAAAAUUGUAUUUAACUAAAAACACACAUGGUGCUUCAGGUGAGGCUCCUGUCUUGUUUCAACCAGUGUUGCGUUUGCUGUUGUCUCUCAAUUGAACACGUUUUUUUUGUGUGGUUUUGUUUGAUAUGCCAACAUCUA